AUGGGGGUGUGCCCUGGGCGCGCAGGCCGCGGCGGCUCCCGGGAAAGUUCUCCAGGCGGCGCGAGGGGAGGCGCCCCGGGCGGGAGCAGCCCAGGUACUGCUGGGCUGGGCCCCGGCGUCGGCAGAGAGCCCUGGAGCGGAGCGGGGACCCAGAGGCCGGGAAGGGGCGCCCCUUCCGGGCCGGGGUCCCAGCUAAGGGCGGAAGGCGGAGCGGAGGUGGUCGAACCGCGAGGAGGGUGGCUCCAGGAAGACCCGGCGCAGUUCUGCUCGGACCCUGGCGUUCGGCGCUCCCAGUCCCACGCCCUCCGCGCGACGGGCCGUGUCCAGGACUGGCGGGCACAAUAG